GUUAUUUGCUAAAAGAAAAAUUGAUUAGGUCCGCUUUUCCCCCUAAACAUUAGGGGCUGAAAUGUACCGUUUUCUCUAAUUGAAAAGAUCAACAACUUCCAAGGAGGAAAGCCGUGCAAAAGGGUUUCACAAAUAAGAGAGAGAGAGAUAUGGAAGCAAACAAGAGAAAGGGGGGAAUGGGCAAAGUGAAAGAAGAUAGAAUCAGCCAAUUGCCAGAUUGUCUUAUUCAUUAUAUCUUCUCUUUUAUGCGAACAGCUGAUGUUGUUCGAACUUGUACUUUGUCCAAAAGAUGGCGGUUUUCUUCCUCCGGUGGAACCUUUCAUAUGCUAUGCACUUCAGCAUCAGGUGCAACACUUCAUAUAGAUUGCUUUUCUCCUGAUCAACUCAUUAAAUUACCGAUCUAUUUUCAUAACACUGCAUCAUUUACAACACUGGAACUGUGUGCUUGUAGUCACAGCAUUGAUUUGCCUAAAUCACUCGGGUUACCAUCUUUGAAAAAUUUGCAUCUUGUUGCUUUUGAUGUUAUGGAUGGGAAUAUCCUUUCGACUUGACCCAAUCUCGAGACUCUCAAACUUGAAGACAUACACAUUUCAGCUGGGAUUCAAAUUUUCAGUACUUGUGCUCCCAAUCUGAAAAGCCUGGAAAUUUUGUAUACUCAAGAGUGGGCAGUGUGUAGUUACUGUUGUAGGUUUAUGAUUGUUGCUCCGAAGCUUGUGAGGUUCAAAUUUGAUGGUUUUGCUCCUCUAGUGUGCACUAUUCAGAACCUCAUUUGUCUGGACAAAGUGGAAUUUAAUGUGCAUAGCUUUCGCGAGGACAUCUAUGAUCCAUAUGAAUCAGAGCAGGAGUUUGCUCUCGGGGUGCUCAACAUGCUUAAUGAAUUUCAUAAUGCAAAAUCCAUCACAUUGUGCUUGAAUGUCAUCAAGGUACGGCAUUCAGCUUUGCUUUUCUUUUGCCUGGGGAAGAGGUGAUUCUUCCUUAAUACCUUAAAAAUGGUCCGGAGGUGGCGAUCUCGUACUAAACGAUCCUAGGUUCUCUCCCGAAUUUCUCACUCACUGAAUGAGAAUCCGUCACCCUUUCCAAUUUGAAGCAUCUGAAGUUGAAGACGUUGUCCAAGAAUGUCAGUAUACCUACCUCUAUCUUGAAUUACUUUAUGAAGAGCGGUGGAAUUUUUCAAUUUGAGGUAUCUGAAAGUUGAAGACUGGACAUCAGCAGUGCAGCAACACAGCGCAGAAGCAGCAAGAAUUGACAGCAGCAGUAGCAGAAUAGCUUUUCUAAUAGCUUAAUUAGUUAUUUAGUUGUUAGCUUUUGUCUUUCCUCUUCCUAUUGUUAGUUAAGCCGAGUCAGCUUAUCACUUCUCGUAUAUAAGGUUGUUCACAAUGAUGAGACAAGUGUGAGAUUCAGUUUCUCAUCUCCAAAUCUAAUUGCCUCAUUCAUUAUGCUCUCUUCAUUUUCUUUCACUUUCUCAUCAUUUUUUCUUGAUAAUCAAAAAAGCUUCCAUUAUGUCUUA